GAGCAAGGUAAAACAAGAUUCAAAACAUCAAGACUGAACAAAUACUAAGCUAAGGGGGAGAGCUUUUUCGUUUCAAAAUCAAACCUUCUAGUGAGAGAAAGAGAAAGCACAAAAAAUAAAUCUAGACAGAGAGAACGAAAGAGCAUCCUUUCUUCGUGCGAGCGUUGUUCCUUCUCCGACGUCGUUUUACUCUAUCGAUCUUUUUCUUACUCAAUCCUCGCCUCCAGAUCUCGCCGUUUCUGUUUUGAUCCAUCACGAUCUCUUUAAGCGUUACUGUUAACUAUUAGAUUCGAUGGAGGCGAUCGAGGAGUUGGCUCAGCUUGCCGAGUCGAUGCGUCAAGCGGCGGCGCUACUUGCUGAUGAAGACGUUGACGAGAGUCCAAGCUCGAACUCUCGCCGUACUUCGACUUUUCUCAACGUUGUGACGCUUGGGAAUGUUGGUGCUGGUAAAUCGGCCAUUUUGAACAGUUUGAUUGGGCAUCCAGUUCUGCCAACCGGCGAAAAUGGUGCUACUCGAGCUCCAAUAAGCAUUGAUUUACAGAGGGAUAGUUCUUUGAGCAGCAAAUCAAUUAUUUUACAAAUUGACAAUAAGUCACAACAGGUUUCUGCAAGUGCUUUACGACAUUCUUUACAAGAUAGGCUUAGUAAGAGUGCCUCAGGCAAGAGUCGGGAUGAAAUAUAUUUGAAGCUACGCACAAGUACAGCACCUCCAUUGAAGUUAAUUGACUUACCUGGACUGGAUCAACGGAUUAUGGAUGAGUCAAUGGUUAGUGACUAUGCUGAACGGAAUGAUGCAAUUUUAUUAGUUAUUAUUCCUGCUGCCCAAGCACCUGAAAUUUCUUCAUCUCGAGCUCUCAAAGUUGCCAAGGAGUAUGAUGGAGAAGGAACCAGGACCAUUGGUGUAAUAAGUAAAAUAGAUCAAGCUUCUGCGGAGCCGAAAGCUCUUGCUGCUGUUCAGGCUCUCCUUUUGAACCAAGGUCCACCAAAAACAGCUGAUAUCCAAUGGGUUGCAUUAAUUGGUCAAUCAGUAUCGAUUGCUUCUGCACAGUCUGGAUCUGAGAGCUCCUUAGAAACUGCAUGGAAGGCAGAGAGUGAGAGUCUCAAAUCCAUAUUGACUGGAGCCCCUCAGAGUCAAUUGGGCAGAAUAGCUUUGGUAGAUGCUCUGGCACAGCAGAUUCGCAAGCGUAUGAAAAUCCGGGUUCCAAAUCUCCUCUCUGGAUUACAAGGGAAGUCACAAAUAGUUCAGGAUGAAUUAGCGCGGCUUGGUGAGCAGAUGGUCCAAAGUGCUGAGGGCACAAGAGCUGUAGCCUUGGAACUUUGCCGUGAAUUUGAAGAUAAGUUUCUUCAACACAUUACAACUGGUGAGGGUUCUGGUUGGAAAAUUGUUGCAAGUUUUGAGGGGACUUUUCCUAACAGGAUCAAGCAGCUUCCAUUGGACAGGCAUUUUGACAUUAAUAAUGUCAAGAGGAUUGUGUUAGAAGCGGAUGGUUAUCAACCAUAUCUCAUAUCUCCUGAAAAAGGCUUGAGAUCUUUGAUAAAAGGUGUACUGGAGCUUGCAAAAGAACCAUCUCGUCUUUGUGUUGAAGAGGUACACCGUGUCUUGGUUGAUAUAGUAUCUGCUUCUGCAAAUGCUACUCCAGGCCUUGGAAGAUACCCUCCCUUCAAGAGAGAGGUUGUGGCCAUUGCAAGUGCUGCACUAGAAGAGUUUAAAAAUGUAGCCAAAAAGAUGGUAGUUGCGCUGGUUGACAUGGAGCGAGCUUUUGUUCCCCCCCAACACUUUAUCCGUUUGGUGCAGAGGAGGAUGGAAAGACAGCGUCGAGAGGAUGAGAUGAAGAACCGAUCUUCUAAGAAAGGACAUGAGGCAGAGCAAGCAAUCCUGAACAGGGCAACUAGUCCUCAAACUGGUGGUCAACAAAGUGGUGGAAAUUUGAAAUCAAUGAAGGAGAAAUCUGGUCAAUCAGAAAAAGAAGCAAAUGAGUCUUCUGCUUUAAAAACUGCCGGUCCGGAAGGAGAAAUAACAGCAGGUUUUUUAUUGAAGAAAAGUGCAAAAACUAAUGGAUGGAGCAAGCGAUGGUUUGUGUUGAAUGAGAAGACUGGAAAGCUUGGUUACACCAAGAAACAGGAGGAAAGACAUUUUCGUGGUGUUAUCACUUUGGAGGAAUGUAAUAUUGAAGAGGUUCCAGAUGAGGAGGAACCUCCCUCGAAAAGUUCAAAAGAUAAAAAAGCCAAUGGACCAGAUUCAGGGAAAGUGGCCAGUUUAGUCUUCAAGUUAACUAGCAAGGUUCAAUAUAAAACUGUUUUGAAAGCGCACAGUGCCGUUGUUUUGAAGGCUGAAAGUAUAGCUGAUAAGGGUGAAUGGAUAAACAAGAUAAGCAAAGUUAUUCAGUCUAGAGGAGGACAAGUUAUAGGUGCAUCCACUGGAGGUGGUCAUUCCAUGCAGAAUAGUCUUUCUGACGGUCCUCUUGAUACAGUGGCCAGAAGACCUGCUGACCCUGAAGAAGAACUUCGAUGGAUGUCUCAAGAAGUACGUGGUUAUGUCGAAGCAGUUUUGAAUAGUUUGGCUGCUAAUGUGCCCAAGGCAGUUGUUCUGUGCCAAGUUGAGAAAGCAAAGGAAGACAUGCUAAAUCAGUUAUAUAGCUCUGUCAGCGCACAAAGCACAGCAAGGAUUGAACAGCUGCUUCAGGAGGACCAGAAUGUGAAGCGUAGAAGGGAACGAUAUCAGAAACAAUCCUCACUUCUUUCUAAACUAACACGCCAACUUAGCAUUCAUGAUAACCGGUCUGCUGCCUCUAGCUGGUCAAAUGGUGAUAGUGUCGCAGAAAGCAGCCCAAGAAAAAGUUCUGCUUCAGGUGAUGACUGGAGAUCUGCAUUUGAUGCAGCUGCCAAUGGACCUUCAGGUGGUUCCUUUGGUAGCUACUCUCGGUCGGCAUCCGAUGGUCAAAGUCGGCGUUACAGUUCACCAGUCGAGAAUGGUGAUGUGAACUCCAGUUCAAACUCAAGCAGUCGUCGUACUCCUAAUCGGUUACCGCCAGCACCUCCACAGCAGUCUGGUUCUUCAGGUUACAAAUAUUUUUAGAUGGCUGACAGAAAUAUUCAUAUGUUCACUGCCUUUUUAGUGGCUGAGGCCCCACUCAUGCUCCCAGCAUUUUGUGGUUUGAAAUUAUUAAUUGAGUAUAUCGUCAGAAGGUGUUUUGUGUACAUAGGACUACAGUUCGUGAAUAUCGGGUUUUUACGGCUUGCCCUAGUUUUGGAACUAUGGGUUCAAUGUGUAUUGAAAUCCAUAUAUCAUAUUCAUCAAUUCAUUUGUCUCUUCUUUAUAAAGUUUCUAGUUUUCAUUUUUAUUCCUUCAAUUUAUGGACACAUACAGAUAUUCGGCUUGGGAUGAUUGUGCAAAAUUUGCAACACUCUUGUAAGGGGAGGCUUAUAUUAUAUUUGCCUAAUGUGAAAUGCUUAUUGAA